AUGUCUCGCCCGUACGACCCCAGGGAGUAUGAACUUACCAUGCGCCAGGAGCCAAAGCAGGCUCGCAUGUGUGGUGUAGGCGGUAAAGCCGACCGUCGACCCAUCGACCCGCCUCCCAUCGUCCAACUCCGCGUCAUCGACCCCUCUGCGCGCCGGCCACAGUCCAGUUCCUCAAGAGCUAGCUCGCCUGGUAAAUUCUGCGCCCCACCUUCUGCUCAGAGUUUCCUGCAAAACCCGUACUACUUCAUGUUCGCAAGUCUCGCGAAACCGGAUGAAGACGUGGAGCUUCACUGGCUGAAGCGCGUCCGAACGGAAGGCAGCUAUCGACUCAAACUUAGUUUGUUCGAGGUUGUUGGAUCGAGUGUCUUUCAUUGCAAGUCUAUCUUUUCCGCUCCUUUCUAUGUUUACACGGCAAAGAAGUUCCCUGGCAUGGAAGAGUCAACACCGUUGUCGGUGUCAUUGGCUGACCAGGGCAUCAAGAUUCGUAUCCGCAAGGAUAUACGUGUACGCAAGCGGCCCAUGCCUUCGCCGGAUCAAGCUAUCCCGAUUCCCAUGGGCAACGCACCCCUACCACACGGAGCGUUCGGCCCUGUCCCAAUACCGUUGGACGACGAUGAAGAGGAAGAUCAUGAGAAGGAGCGCGAACGCGAACGCAAUCGGAUGGAGGUCGAGAGGGAUCGCGAUCAGGAAGCAGAGAGGCACAGACGUGAGUCCACGGCGAGCAUGGCGGGCCAUGGCGCCCCAGGAGUCAUGAGCAGGCGAGAAAGCAUGGAGAACCGCGGAUUAAAGAGGCCUCGAUCAGAAGAUACCGGUGCGGAGGAACCUCCCCCGGCUCCCAGCGUGUCUACCUGGUCAUCAAUUGACCCUGCCCUCGGAGCUGCACACUCCUCCGCGGCGCCUCAAGCUGCUCCUGCCCCUCCUCACCAAGCGUCGGUCGAGCAUCACCACUACUCCUCCAAUGCUCCUCCUCCCCCUUCUACGCCUUACGACAUCCACUCUCAUCAUCCUCCUCCUGCCCCAUACGCAUCAUACAGUCCUCCUGCGCCCGCUCCUGCUCCUGCUCCGAGUACGGCACCUACACAGACCCCAACCUGGGGUGCACAUCCAGCACCCCCACAGGCAUACGACCCCUACAGCCACCAUCACUAUGCGUCUGCUCCCGCUCCCUCUCAUCACCCUCAUCAACCUCCGCCUGCUCCAGCUGCUCCCGCUCCCGCUCCACGCUACGAUUAUGGGUAUGCGCCUCCUCCAAGUCAGUCAACACCUCAAUCGCACCCUCAGCCUCAGGCUCCGGCGGCGUACAGUGGGUACUACGAGCAACACCACCACCAUCAGCAACAACACCACCAGCCCGCUCCCCCUCCUGCUCCAGUGGCCGCAUCCCCAUCGCAUCAUGGUCCUCAGCCUCAACCAACCUCUCCUCCUCCUGCCCCUUCCCAACCCGCGUACGCAAGCGAGUACUCCCAGCCGCCCCCCGCGUCCGCCGCGUCGUCCCAGUACGCAUCGCGCGGCCAACCGCAGCCACCUCCCCCAUCACAGACCCAACAAGCGACGCGCGGGGCGCCCCCGCCGCACACCUACCAGCUGAGCACGCCGCCGCACCACCACAGCUCGCAGGGCUACAGCGGGUACCCGCUCCCGCCCCCGCCCCCGCCCGGGCCCGCGGAGAGCACGUGGGGAACCCAACCACAGUACGGGGCGCCGCCCCCGCCGACGCACCACCACCCGCACCAUCAGCAACACCCGCACCCGCACCACCCGCACCAGCACCAGCACCCGUCGCAGGGGUACGCGCAGCCGGAGUAUGCGUAUGCGGCGCCACAGGCGGGGCAGGGGCAGCAGCAGGGCUUGCAGAGGAUCCAGCUCGCGCCGAUCAAGAGCAGCCCGCCGGGGUCGAGCGCGGGCGGGGAGCGUGGAGGCGGGGUGGGGAAGAAGAACCCCUUGAGCAUCGGGAACAUCAUUUCGGACGAUACGUGA